AUGCCCAAGGGGCGCGGGGGUUCUCUUCUCCUGGGAGGCUGGGACGUCACGAAACAGACCAGUCUGAAAAAUGCGGCAGGAGGCUCCGGGCGUCGGGCCGGUGCCGAGGGAUGGGAAGUUGGGAACAGGUCCACGCGUGAGCGUGAGCGUGAGCUGGAAUUAAGGAAAGGAAAUUAG